UGUCUGUGGUCUCCGGGGAGCGGGCAGACACGGCGGCGCGCUCUCGAGGUCUUCAAGGUUUCUGCGCUUGCCUUUGACUCUGCGGCGACGACCUCGACCCCGGAGCCGGCGGAGCGAGUUAGCCGCUCACCACCCGUCAAUUCUGCAACUGCUUCCGCCGAGGUGGCUCGAUCCUUCUGCCGCGGGAGAUCCAGGAUGUCUGUACCAAGAGCGUCGAGUGCGACAACCAGCUCGCUGUGCCUGCUGGCGAUAGUGCUGCUGCUGCCGCUCGCCUCGGCGGCCAUUUAUGAAACCUGUCCCGGCAAGACCAUGCUCAAGAGCGGCGGCCUGACCUGUCACGACCGGCAGGUGAUCCUGGACAGCCACAACAAGAUGAGGCAGUCCGUGGCGCUGGGCCGCGUGUCCGGCCAGCCGGCGGCCACGGACAUGCAGGAGAUGGUGUGGGACGACGAGCUGGCGGCGGUGGCCCAGAACUGGGCGGACCAGUGCACCCUCGCGCACGACGGCUCCAGGAACGUCGCGCGCUUCAAGGUGGGCCAGAACAUCGCGUCCACGUGGACGACUCGUACGAACCUGGAGCCGGCGGCGGACUUCCCCCGCCAGGUGCUGGCGUGGUUCGACGAGGUGCGCGACUACGGCUUCUACUCCACCGGCUUCUCCCACAAGACGGGCCACUACUCGCAGUUGGUGUGGGCUGACACCUAUCUAAUUGGAUGUGGAUACUCAUACUACUAUGAUCCAGCCAAAGGCUACACAAAGAUGUAUGUCUGCAACUACGGCCCUGGAGGCAACAUCAUUGGCCUGAAACCAUACACUGUGGGUAACCCUUCAUGUGCUGUACCAUCAAAACGCUACCAAGGACUGUGUGCUGCGAGCGGCCUGCCUCCCCUGGGUGCUUCCUGCGCCGGCGGCUCGGGCGCGCUGACGUCAUCCAGCACCGCCGGGCCGUGGACGGCUCCCGCGCCCUCGACCACGCCCCACCCCUUCUGGCAGAACUUCUUCGCGGGCGGCGCGCAGAACGCCUCCCGGUACUCGUGGUACUUCUACGGCUGAGCGCGCGCUGAGUGUCCGAGCACAGGACACGAGGUCUCCUAGUCGCAGCACGGUCGCACCGGUGCCCUCGGAGGGGCCCCCAUACGCACUGCACGAUAUCGCACACUACACUUCCCGCGACUGCACGCAAAAGUAUUCUCAUCUUCAAGGGAUUAUAACGGGAAGAUUAUGCACCUACUGGUACAUUUUGUAAGUACUGUAACUCAGGUGUGCAACAACAAGGAGGGGGGGGGGCAAGGGUAUUUUGCCCCCCCCCCUCUGAAACCUUGAAGUGGAGGCAAAGAAAGUGCUGUGUAAUCAAUUUUUAGAUAAUAAAACUGCUUAAAUAGCACCAUUUUCCACCUUGAAAUACAAAUUUUCCCGGGGGAGGACCCCCGGACCCCUCGCUUCAUUAGGGGGGGAUCGAUAAUUCUUUAUAAAAAAGGUAUAUUGCCCCACCCCCCCUUUGUAAAAUUAGUUUUUGCGCCCCUGCUGUAACAGAAUAUUGCCUUACUUCAAAAUCACCAAAACUCAACCUUGUAUAGAACUUUAUUUUAAUUUAUAUAUAUAUAUCAUUAAAAUUCAUACAUUUGUAUAUUGUACAAAGUUACUGAAACUACAAUCGUAUGGGGUGUGUAAGAGAUCAAGAAUUCCAUACAGCUGUUAUUUGCACUGAACAUCAAGGAUGUAUUUAUGAAUCAUGUAUUAGGGCGUGCAAAAAAAAACACAGGAUGACCUAUAUGAACAGUGUUAUAAAAAAAAUUUACAAGGUUUACACCCAGGUGUCAAUUUUUAAGAAAAUAACUAUACGUUGAAUACAGCUCUUGCACAGCAUUUCUAGGGGUAUUUAAUUGUUUAAUGUAUGAAUUUCUUGCACGGCAGUUCUAGGGGUAUUUAAUUGUUUAAUGUAUGAAUUUCUUGCACGGCAGUUCUAGGGGUAUUUAAUUGUUUAAUGUAUGAAUUUAAGUUUAAAUUAAAUAAUUUUUUUUUUCAGACAGACACUAUAUUUUUAAAUUACAACAAAUGGCCACCAAUGAAUUUACUGCUAACAAAAAAUAUUUUAAACAUUAGAAUCAAGUCGCCUUCAAUAAAUGUACUUGUUCUGAUAGUAAAACUAUAGUGUGUGUUAUUUAUGAUGUAAUUAUUAUUAAUUUUGAUACUUAAAAUAGUAUAGAAGGCUAUAAAAAAUGACAAAUUUACAUAACAUUAAAAUUUGACUACCAAAGGUACAGCAGGUUCUUACUUAUUUUUAUAAAUAAUCGCCCAAAACUAUUGAGGCAAAUGUCAUACCGUAACACAAGCUUCUCGAAGAAGUUAGCCGCCAGAGAGGAGAGAUACAGGGCCAGCGCCUUUGCCUCCCUCUCCCUCACGACACCGCUGUGAGGCGGGUGGACUAAUCACGUGGCACAGUGUGCUGGACUAUUUGUAUCUCUGACGCGGGAGCCAGUGCACCGCGCGAUUAGGCUACCUGCCUUACAGUAGCGUCAAGAGGGAGAGGGAGACCCAGGCGCUGGCCCUGUAUCUCUAUUCACGGGCGGCUAACUUCUUUGAAGAAGACAUCGAGAAGCUGGUUUUACGACGUGACAAAUGCCUCGAACGUUUUGGCAAUUAAAUAGAAAAAUAAAUAAGACCCUGCUGAACUUUUGGUAAUAAAAUUAUUAUGUUGUGUAAAUUUGUCUUUUUUUUUAUAGCCCAUUGGAUAUUGGAAAAAAAAACAGCCCUCGUACUUCAUAUGUAUAUAUUGUAUAGGCUGAUAUAUGAAAACGAACUGUAUACUUAGUGUUGGGUCUAUUCUAAUUCCGUAAUCGGCCGAUUUCAUUGAACUUUAUAGAUUCUUUAUUCACCUGUUUUGAAUUGAAGCUGGUCGAUUCUUCCCCUAAAGCAGAACCUUGAAAUUGGGAGCAUCAUGACAUUUUAAUAGUAAUAUCAAUUACAGUAAUCAAAUAGGUAUGUCAUUUAGAAUUUAAUCCAAUUAAUCAGCUGCUUGAUUUAUCAGGGUGCUGGGCCAUUUCAAUAGAUGUAUUUGAUUUGAUAGAAGUCAUUAUGGUUUGUUUAGUUUAUAUAUAUAAAUGGAUGCUGAUAAUUAUGACGUUGAUAAACUGCAACACCGUUUGACCAAUCACCGUGAAAGUUGGUACCUCUGAGUGUUUUCUCAUGGAGAAUAUCUUCAUGAUAUACAUUUUGCUAUAACUCGUCACUAAAUGGCGCUGCAGCGCAUCAGCUUCUACACCGUUCAACCGAUCAUAAUGAAAAUCGGUAUAUACAUAGUUAUUUGAACACUGAGAAUAUUUUCCAAAAAAAAAAAUUGUUCAUCCACUUGCGUUAUGCUAGAUAUUAGUAUUAUUUUGAAUUAUUUUAAGUUGGUUCGAUUAUAUAGCAAUUGAAAUAGUCAUAAACAUUGUUCAUUCAUGUAACUUAUUAAUUUAAAAAGUAAUUAAUGUAUAAAAAAUUUAUACCAAUAUAAAUAUAAUAUUAUUUAUUUUUUUAAUUUUUCUAAAAUGCUUUAUAGAUUCUAGGUUACAUACAAACCAUAAAUUUUAGAUAUAUAGAGGCAAAUAAAUAAACAAUGGCAGGACAAUGUCUGGUGGGUUCUACUAGUAAUAUAUAAACCAUUGUGUAAGUUUUUUUAAUUAGCAAAGAUUAUAUUUUACAUUACAGUAAUUUUACUGUAUAUACCAGCCGGUUAUUACAUUUAGAAUGAUACGAUUGAGUAAUAGAUCAAAUUAAAAAUUAGUAAAUAGUACUUUUCAGCUAUUUUUCAGUACAAGAGUUAUUUAAACAAUCGAAGCAUCAUUAUAAUAAAAAUAUAUUAUUUGUGUUGUUACAGCAAGGGUACUAUAUAUUUUAAAUUUAAUUUUCAAAUGCAUUUUGUCAACAUUUUGUGAACAUGCCUUUAGCUUUGCUUUCUGUUAUUGAUUUAAAUAUAUUUGUAAAAAUUUUAGUUUCACUGUCCAACCAAAACAGCACUGGCACAUAUAUUAACUAUUUUGGGGUUAUAGGAUAAGUAACUGAUUUUUACUGUCCUAACUAUUACUUUUGCUGUAAAUGUAAAUGACAAUCAUACAAAAUAAUAAUCAUGUUUUUUGUAUCAAUAUUUGUUUGAUAUGAAUUAGAUGAAAAGACCAUGGAAUCUGAAUCAACAAAUUUUUUAGAAUAGACCGAACACUAAAAUACAUUAUAAUCUAGUCAAAUUAUUAUAUGUAAAUAGUACUGUGUUUAUUUAAAAAAAUGUGAUUUACAAAAAAUGUACAGCUUCAGUGUGAACCACAGAUGGUUGUAGAUAUCAACAAGGCCAUUUUGUUAUCAGUUAUUCCACAAAACUGUACAUGACUUGUAAUACUGUUACUAAUAAGUAGUGGUUUUCAGUAUUUACUUAGUGAAAACUAAAUGCAAAAAUUAGUUAACUAGAACAAAGCUUUUCUAGUUAUCUGCAAAGCAGUAUAUCUGAAUUAUUGUAAAUUAUUUACUUAUUAUUGAUUAAUAUUAAAACCAUGUAAACAAUUACAUAUUAUCCAUAACUGUAUAAAACUUGUUGAAUAAAAUAUGUUUAUGAACAAUCAAA